CUCUUUUUUUUUUUUUUUUUAUUAAAGUUUUUUGGUUUAAUCUAUUAUAUAAAGAAUUUCACAAUGCCAAUUCUCUUUUCAUUUUGUCCAUGGGCUGAUAUUGGUAAUGAUGUACCAGCUCAUAAAUUAGCAAGAUUAAUUGAUAAAUGUUUAUGGUUCGAAUCAGAGAAUGGUGGAUUAGGUAUUCCAGUCAGUUGGGCAAUGACAGGUCAAACUAUGGAAGCUAUUGUCAGAAAUGAUCCAUCUAUACAAGGUUCAAUUAGAAUGAGAACUUCAAAUAAAAAUAUUUACUCAGUUUGGGAACAAUCAGAAAUUAUAGGGUCAACAUGGCAUGCAAUGGGUUUGGCUCAACCAUGCUUAAGAGAGGAUCACUAUAUUGACGCAUAUAUCAACGGAUUUGUUAAAGAGGAUAUCAAACAUACAAACGAAGUUAUGUGGAACCUUUUUGAGCGUUCUCCAAGAGGUUUUUGCCCAAGCGAAAAAGUUUUUAGUAUCCAAACUAGUAGAGCAGUUGCAGAGGAAGGUUAUGAAUAUUGCAUUAUAGGUGGUGAAGCAUUUGGUAGUGAUUUUUCUGCACAACACAACAAAGGAAAUGUUUUUCAAUUAUCGAAUGGUUUAAAAGUACUUGCAACAGCUAACGAAAUUUUACCAAGCGAUUUCCAUAGAUAUUAUAAAGCUGAAAUAUUGAUCGAUGAAAUUAUAAAUUAUUGCAGAAGAAAUCAUAUUGGAAGAAUAGUAUUAUCAGCAGAUGUAGAUUUUUGGCUUGAUGAUAAUGGUUUUGAGAGAAUUAAAUGGAUGUAUUUAAAGUGUAAAGAAAGAGAAAACGAAAUUAAGAUGGUAAAUACAGGUGCAUUAGUCGAAUCAAGCUGGGUCCAAGGUUAUGCAGGUUUAUCAAAUUUAGACAAAUUUUAUGAAUCAAUCGGAGUCCCAGAUCCAUACCGUUUUGUAUCAAGUUGGACCAAUGCAAGAGGUAAUUUGGAUUUUGUCGAUUGGGUUAGAGCACAAAGAGCUGCAGAGUUUAUAAAAGCACACACCGAUAAAUAUAUUAAAGGAAUUAACCAUGAACAGUGGGUAGACGGUUGGAAACUUCAGAGAGCAAAAGAAAUGUGGUUAAAUAUUUCAGGUACAGUUUUUUAUGAUGAUAGAGAAGAAUGGAGAAACUUUAUGGAUUUUGACUUUAAAGAAAAUAUGAACAAAGCAUGGAAUUUAUUAAACGAUGCAUAAAGAUGUAUUUUUAUUAGAUAACACAAAUAAAUUAAUAUAAUUUAAUAC